AUGAAAUUUUCGAUCCCCGAAAUAUCAUGGCAUAAUAGGGACCCUGUUUUAAGUGUAGAUUUUCAACCUAAACGCGAGGCUAAUGAACCCUUGCGACUUGCUACUGGAGGAACAGAUUCUCACGUAUUAAUAUGGUAUAUUUCAAUCACAGACACUGGUUCUGUUAAGUUGGAAGUAGCGGCUGAUUUGACGCGGCAUCAGAAAGCAGUAAAUGUGGUGCGGUGGUCACCAGAUGGGAAGUUCUUAGCUUCAGGCGAUGAUGAAUCGAUUAUAUUUGUAUGGAAACAGAAGACUGAAGAGUCAGCCCCAUCAUUGGAGCAAGGAGAAGAGCAAUACAAAGAAACAUGGGUUGUUCACAAAACUCUACGAGGUCAUGUAGAAGAUGUUUUAGAUAUAAGCUGGAGUUCUGACUCUGCUAGCCUUGCAUCUGGUUCAGUGGACAAUAAAUUGUUGAUGUGGGAUGUUGCCAGAGGCCGAUAUACUUGUAUUUUGACUGACCAUAAGGGCUUUGUACAGGGUGUCGCCUGGGACCCAAAGGGUCAGUUUAUUGCUUCAACUAGCAGUGAUAGAACUUUUCGUGUUUUCGACGUUGCUACAAAGAAGGUUGUGUCAAGGUGCAGCAAGGCAAUUCUGCCCUUUCCUAAAGACCAUCCAUUAUAUGAGUUAAAAGUCCGUCUAUUUCACGACGACACACUGCAAACGUUUUACCGGCGGCUGCAGUUCAGUCCUGAUGGGCUGUUUGUGGCCGUACCUGCCGGGCGCGUGGAGCCUGAACAAGGCAAGAUUGACAUUAAGCCAAUGAAUGCAGUCUAUAUAUACACCAGGUAUUGCUUGAAGGUGCCGGCGUGUGUGGUUCCGUGCGGCGAGGCGGCGCUGGCUGUGCGCUGGGCGCCGGCGCGGCUGGCGCUGCGACCGCACGGGCCACCACCCGCCUUUGGGGCUUCGCCCUCCCGCCUGCUGCUGGCCAUAGCCACCAAGCGCUCUGUUCUCGUGUACGAUACGCAACAGAGAACGCCCGUCGCGCUCAUCUCCAACAUACACUAUACAAGACUGACAGACUUAACAUGGUCGCCGGAUGCUCGGGUGCUGGUAGCCUCUAGCACCGACGGUUUCUGUUCCGUCAUCACAUUCUCUGAAAAUGAAUUGGGGCAGAUUUUACAUGAAAAAACCAACAAUGAAGCCAACAUAGAAGCAAUGGAAACACAGAAUGAAGAACAACCGCUAAAGGAUAAAGACGAGACUAAGAACAAAAAGCCUGAUGAAGUGAAAACGCAGAAUAACACACCGAAAAUAGAUUCUUUCAUCAAAUUCAAAGCGCCAGAGAAGUCACCCAAGAAGCAGAAAACGGACAAAACGGUGCAAGAAAAGACACCGGUGAAAAUAGACUUGCUAAUGGAGACAGCAAUGUCUUCCUGGUCCGACAACUCUAGCAGUGAUGUCAUUAAACCUAAGCCCUGUCAACCCAUGGAGGUUGACGGCCCGAAGAAAGCUGACACUGAAGUGAUGGUGAUAGACGAUAGCGAGGACAUGAAGUGGGUCUAUGAAGAUACGGAGGGAAACAAAACCCAGAGUCCAAACUUUAAAACCAAGAAGUCCCAGGAGGACGAAACUGAAAAGAGCACAUCGCCAACGCUAACAAACACCCCGAUCAACUCAAAUAAACCCAAUGAAAGCAACUUCCUCAAUCAGGCAAAGGUGACGGACAUUAAAGAGUCAGUAGUAAUGAAGGCAGUGCAGAGUCCGAAGGCGCCGCGCCGAGUGAGCUUCGUGACGCUCUCCAGCCCCAAGAAUAAGAAGACU